AUGCUUAAAAUUAAUCUGUUUGUAUUGAUCUUGUAUCUGAAUCUGGGCUUCGCUGAUGUGGAGCCAGUGGAAAAUGAAGUUGCCACUGCCGCGCCGCUGUACACCAUCAGCGGGUACAUCUUGCCACCGGAUCGCAAGUUGGGCCUGACCCUCCGCUGGCUGUCGGAGAUCACGCUGUCGAUCAACGGCGGCCAGUACAAGGGAUUCGUGCGCACCGAUGGCCACUUUCUGAUCAGCGGAGUACCGUACGGGAGUCAUGUGGUGGAGGUGCACCAUGCGGACAUCUACUUCCGACCCGUGCGAGUGGAGAUCAAUUCGCGGGGCAAGUACCGGGCUCGGGAGGUGAGCUAUGUGGAUCCCGUGACCGUUGUCCAGAUUGCCUAUCCACUGCGGCUGGCGCCACUGAAGCGUCGCAAAUACUUCAGGGAACGCGAACAGUGGCGCUUCGUGGACUUUGUCCUGCAUCCCAUGAUCCUGGUUAUGCUGGCGCCCGUCCUGAUGCUCCUGAUCGCCAAUCACAUCAUCAAGGAUCCCCAAACGAAGCGCGAGCUGGACAAAAUGCAAUUUCCAAAUGUCCCCAACAAUAUGCCGGACCUCAGCGACAUGCUAACGUCUCUGCUGUCGGAGAAGCAACGCCCACCCCCACCACCACCCCCUCCAGAGAAAGCAUCGCCCAAGAAAAUCUGCAGCAACAAGAAGAAACGUUGA